AUGCACUGGCUUCGGUACCUGAUGUCGUUGCUUCUGAUCGGCGACGUCGUGAUUCCGGCUCGUCGACGUCACAGUCUGAAUUUGGCUCUGCUCGAAAAACCAGCAAGAAGUCGUGAUACCGCCGCUUAUGCUGCCGCCGAUCAGCAUCCAGAACUUCGAACACCCGCACGUCUGGCGGACGACGACCAAACGGAGUUUGUCCGACGUGAAUGGACGGAGACUGUGUAUAAGAAAGUGCGAACCUAUAGUGAGUUUACAAAUGUGUCUUAUAACUUUGGCACUACUGUUCAUAUGUGA